AUGAAAGAAGACGAAUUCAACGAGCUCAAGCAUAACCUUGAAAGCUAUAUUCCGCUACUUCCUGAGUCUGUCAUAGACCAUUACAUGGAGAAAGCAGGAGUAGCCACAUCUGAUCCAAACAUGAAGAAGCUUGUCUCACUCUUGGCACACAAGUUUAUCACCGAUGUUGCAAUUUCGUCCAGGCAGUAUCACAAAAUCAACCAGAAGGCCGCACAGAAGGACAAACGAUUCGCAAACGAAAAAAAAACCACGUUCCAGCUGGCAGACCUUGAAAGUGCCCUAGAGGAAGUCGGAAUAAACAUCUCCAGGCCACAUUAUUACAUGUAG